AAGCCCAAGUGAAUCCUCCAUUCGAAAGUUUCACCACCGCUGCUUAACGACACAUACCCAUAAAAACAAUCCAGUCAAGUAAUUUGUCAGCGACAUUUUCACAAACACCUUGAGCACAACACACAAUGGCUCUGCGUCUCUCUCGUGUGCUCCGUAGAUCACCAGCAAGAACCAUUCUCUCCCAUUUUUCUGGUUCAAAAGCCCUGGCCCAGCAGCCACUACUUGACACGAGCUCACCUGAUGAUAAAAAUCUCACCUUUUUAUUUUCUCAUCCUAAUAAUCUUUGCUUAUCAAGAAGUUAUAUAAGUGAGAUGCGCAGGUCAGCUUUUGAGGGCAAUAUUCAGAGACUUCUCCGUAAUGAAAUACAGUAUGAACUUGAACGCUCCAUCCCUGAUCAGCCUGUCCAAAAAUAUGAUGAAUUUACAGUUGAUGAAAGGCCUGGAGAGCAGUGGAUUAGAUUGAGUAGAAAAUUUGGAGAGAAUGAAGAAAUAAAAGUUGAGGUGACUAUGUUUGACGGGGCUUUACCUGUCAAGAGAAAGGGCGGUGUGGAUACAGAUGAUGAUGUGGAACUUCACAUUACUAUGAUUGUUGAUAUCUUUAAGGGGGAUGGAAACAGUGUGCUGGAAUUUGUCUGUUCUGCUUGGUCCAGCAGUAUCCAAAUUCAAAAAGUUUUUAUGCGGGGGCAUGAUCGGAUGACGGGUCACCCUUACACAGGACCUAUAUUUAAGGACUUGGAUGAUUCACUUCAAGAUUCACUUUAUGACUACUUGGAAACGAGGGGUAUAAAUGAUGACCUGGCUGGAUUCUUGCAUGCAUAUAUCAAGAACAAAGAUAAAUCUGAGUUUAUCCGGUGGAUGGGAAAUGUGAGUGACUUUAUACGCCCAAAAUAGAAUUCUUGUUGCAGCGCUUUUAACUAUAUAUUGCUUGUGGGAAAUAUUAGCAGAACAAUUGUUAUAGCCUCAGGCUAACUACUGAUAUAAGUUCAGCGGAUAAACAUAAUUUGAGGUUCUAUUAUGGAUCCUUAGUAUCAAGUCUUCCUUUUCUUUUGGUAUUCGUAUUCUAAGUUGUCAAUUGUCAAUGUUCCGGAUUGACUAAAUUUUUUUAUCAGGCUGAGGGAUACAAAUUAUUGUUAAUUUUUCUA